GUCCGAGGUUCCAGUCCCGAUCGCCUUGUCUCGCCGCCUGCCGCCAGUGAAUCUUCCUUAUCCUUAUCCUUAUCCCCCUGGUACUCGGUACUUCUUUUUUGCAUAUAUGAAUCUAUGAUACUCCUCACACGCUUGUCUCUCCUCAUCGAACCGACCGAAGCCCCUUUCACACCCUUUCAGCGGAGCGGCAUUACGUCGAUCUGCCCGAGUACGAAACGGACCUGACGGUGCUUCUCGAAGAAUACCCGCCACCAGAUCGAUUGUCACCAUGAUUCCUCUCGUCGAAUAAUCACAGCUGCAGCAUUGACACGUGUUUGGAAACUGAUCUCAUCGCUACUAUGUCAUCAUCGCAAGCCCCUUCGAGCUUGUCGCACAGCCUGGCCAUACCUUUUGCGAGUCGGCUGAGCGAACAACUGUCUCAGCGGACCGAAAACACUAAAUCAGGCAUCGACACCGACCAUGCGGUCGACAGGAGCAGGUCGCUAGGACCCCCUCUACGCCCAUCGCCGGCCUCACGCUCUCUCUCCGACGCUGCAAAGCCGGUUUCCGCAACCCCCCACCAUCCCAUCGAUUCCCGACCUCCUAGUAAGGAUGAUUCUUCGCUUUCAGCCACCCCGGAAACCCCUCAUCGACCGUUCAUGCACAAUUUCCCCUUGAACCUUCCCUCCAAAACACCCGGCUCCAGCUCCUUGUCCGCGUCCAACCGUGCCCCGCUUUCGCCAAAGCUCGAUUCCUCCCAAAUCUAUAGCUCGCCGGGCUCGGUGCUGCCCCGCCGCUCACGAGGCCUCGACUUCUCCCGUGCCUGUACCAACCUUCACCAUUCCACGCUUGCUGAAGCAUCGCCAGACUCUUCGCCUACGGUCGGUGGGCGCGGAGUAAAUAUUCCACAACGUCGCGGGUCGUUGGGAUCGGCAUCCGCUCAUCCGUUCUCAACUUCGAACCCCGGCGACCGAACCGCGAUCUCGAGCUCCGUCUCAAGCAUCAACAUGAUGGAAUCGGACACCAGCAGUAGCGAGGAGGAUGACGAGCCCAUGAUCGGCGAUCGCGACGACUUCAUGAUCACCAACACACCGCAAGCGAAGAAGUUUGGAGGCGGAGUGAGCCCUUUCGCGGUGGGCAAUGUGUCUAGUCCCGGAAGUGAAUGGAUGGGUGGCUAUUCGCAGGCGGCGGCUAGCCUUAUGAGCUUUCAGCGUGCUCGUUUCCGGAAAGGACGCAGUCGGCAGAGUUCCAGCAGUGGCAGCUCCAAGCAGAGUCCUGGACCAUUGUCCCCUCCAGUGAUGAAAAGUAUCGAGAAUCCAAACGGCGGUUAUUUCGCAGCCCGAGGCAGUGUCUCGUCGCGACGCGGAAGUCUGAGCUUGGGGACGCGGGACUUACGCUUGUCAGAUGUCAGUGAUGAAGGGGAGCACCGCGGCGUGCGGGGGCAGAGUCCCAAUGCAUCGAACUCCGAGGGCGGGCCUCUGGGGGUUAUACGUCGUGCUGUUACUCGCCGAGGCAGUCUACUGCCAAAAACUAAGACUUUCGCCCGCAUCAGAGCAGCGUUGAUGGAAGAAGGCGCUCCGAUCGACAGCGAAGCCAAGCGUGAAGCGGAAGUGAUUCGGCAAGUUCGAGAGAGUGAACCCGAGGUACCGCCCAAAUCACCAUCGGGAGCUCUUCCAUCUCUCGAAUCCUUCAUGCCAUCCACCACCCCACACCUUCCCGAAGACCGGCCUGAAACUGCCGGGGCCACCGCAGCCACCCCCGACGAGCCCAAAUUCAGUGACCAAGCCCACCGGAACUCGGGCGGGAUCAACUUCUGGAACUCGUUCGACGAACGAUACCGCACUCCGCCGCCGCCGCCCCGCCAGCACGGGGCCUCCUCGGUCUCCGAAGACGACCUCACCAUGGACUUCACCCCGUCCACGACGACCACCCAGAAUCACAACCACCACGAGUUCGCCAAACCACACGAACGACCCGGGUCGCGCAGCGAAGUCUCCUCGUCGCACCCCACGCAGUCCGGCUUCCUCGGGGAGCAGAUCAAGCGCAAACGCCGGCGCGACGACGACUUCGACCCCAACCUGUUCAAACGUCGCGCCGUGUCGCCCAGCAUGAGCGCCCAGAGCAGCCCGAUCAUGCCGAACUCGCCCGCCGUGAAGGACACCAGCCCGAAUAUCUGGGGGGCGCCCCGCUCGAACCUGGGGUCGUUGUUCGCCGACCGGCCCAGCGUCAGCGAGCACGGGCCCCGCCCCACGACCAGCGGCCACUCGGGGAAUCCCAAGCGCGUGGGCUUGCAGGGGAUGAACGAGACGAAUGACGGACUCAUGAAUAUGAGUAUCGAGUAGCUGCUUUUGGGGCGGGAAGAAUGAGUUGCAUUAUGCUGGAGAAUUGGGAAUAUAUGCUGUUGCAUGGUAUUUAUCUCACUUAGCGGGUCUUUGCUUUGUUUUCAGUUUUUUGUCGGAGUGUUUGGGAAAGGCGUUGACGGAUCAUCUCUGGGUUGUUGCGCAUGCGGCGCGUCACUUUCAGUCACUAGUAUACAUACGCCGCAAAUAUGUACCCGGCCGAACUAAUCUCACCACAUUAAUC